AGCACCUGGUCCAUAGACUCCUUGAACCAAGACUACCAGUCCAAGCUGUCCUCCUCCAUCAUCUCCCCACGCCUUGAUCCCGCGAGCCCGCCGCCGCCUCCCGCCGCCGCACCCCACGACCCUCCGGCUCGGUGGCUCCCCGACUGUCCACCUCGCCCCCGUGCUCCACACGGGUCCACGACCCCUGCCGUGGCUACGCUUUGGUGUGGGCAACGGGGUCGGGGUGCGGUAGGUGCGCGACAGCGGAGAGGAGGAUGAGGGCUGGGAGCGCGGCCGCCGUGGUGGGGAUGAGCGUUGAGCUGCUGGCGAUCCCCAGUCUCCGCCUCCGCAUCGCAUUGACUCCAACCGCCCUCCCUCAUCUCCUUUGCACCACCGUGCCACGCCGCUGCCCCAUCGCGACUUCCUCUCGCCCUACCUCGCCGCCCCCCGGCUCGGGUGGCGCGAGGAACUAGCAGAGAGGUUGUUGUUGGUGCCAUCCAAGCGCGAGGGACCAGCUUGCAUAAGGAGACUGCGGUCCUGGAGUAUCGUUAUCCUCGUGUGGAGUCGAUGGUGGCUUGAUCUACAUCUACACCAGAUUAUUAUUUCCUCAGGGCUGGCGGACAGAGAACUGCAGCGCUCCUGCAUUCAGGUAACUUGUCCUCUAUUUAUCUCCAUCGUCAAUUAGGCUUCACUGGAUCAUCAAUUUAGGAGGUGAAUUUAUUUUUUUUACUUUUUUGAUUGAUCCCCAAUUCCAUCUUGACUUAUGACCUUAGUGCAGACUACCAUCACCAUCAUCUUGCAAUUCAUGAUUACUCAAUUAGCUAACAAAUUGUUGUGCAGCUGAUGCCAUAUCUGGGGAUUCGAAAUUUAGACUUUAUUUGUAGCACAUAAUUUGUAGCUAGUGCAACCAAUUCACUAUACGUGAUGAUCUGAUGUUGUGUAUUCAUGUACGACACCGAGUUUCUCCCAACAGCAGAAAAGUUCCUGAGCAAGGCCAGAUGCAUUCUGGGAAGCAGCAGCGUGGUCUUUUUGUUUUGGAUGUGCUUGCAGAAAAGGAAAGAAAGGAGCAGAGGGAUUUGCCAAUUCAGAAAGGACCUAACUUGCUGGGAGAAGGCAACCAUGUGCAUGUUGUUUCUGUUUUAAGCAUUGCCCAGGUGCUCUGUAAUUUGUAUAUGUCCUUACAACUAGAUGUACAUUGUGCAAGAUUAUACUUUGCAGAUGCUAUGUGUUUAAAGUCAAUCGGCCUCACCAAACGAGCUCGCAAGAAUCAGCAGCAACUGAAAUAAAUUUGAAAGUUCAUCUGCAUACAUCUGAUAUACCUUUCAGUGGAGCUAUCAUAAGUGUUUAUGAAGUUUCAGGUAACAGUUACUUAUUCACGGUGAGUACCUGCUUAUACUUGUUUCUUUUUAUCUGUAUUUAUUUUUUAUGCAUUUCAUAGUUGAACGUUGCAUGUUUAAUUUUCUAAAUAUCAUUUCCUCAUUUUUUUUCUAAAUAUCGGUUGAGUAUCAACUUAUAUGAGCUUUGUCAUAUAAGUAUCUCACCUUUUCAUUGUCAUCACAAAUGUAAUUGGCCUGAUUGUUGUACCGCUGCUAAACUAUAGUUAGGGUUGGAUGCCUGAAUGGACCCAGUUAGUGCAGCCAUUGUAAGUCAAGAGAAGUUUGAUGUGUCGUUCUCACUCAUUUUGCAUAAUCUAAAUAUAAAUAGCAUCUUAGUAGAUUUCUCGCUCAUUGCAUUAAUAUAGUUUCGACAAAGAAUAUAUAGUUAGCCUCAUUUGUUCUAUGGUAAUACUGUGCUCGCUGCCGGUUUGAUGAAUUGUGCCACUGUGUAUUCAGCGAUUUUUGCAAAAGGCCUGAAAUUAGUAAUAUGUUGGUGGUCAAAUUGAUUUAGCGACCUGCAGUUGUCUACACCGCCGGCCAUGGUCGUGACUGUAUCCCUUUAGCCUCUUCAAUGGCUUCGUCCAGUCCAUUGACUCAGAUGGGAUCGCUGUGGUGAGAUGGUGUGCGUGUCGCCAUGACCAUGGUGUUCUACCCAUUAGUUCUUUAGGGUACCACAAAAGACUUCAGUAGUGAGUUCAUGCAUGUGAAAUUGUUCAAUUUUGAUUAAGGAUAGUAUAUUCAAAAUUGUUAUAUAGGAGUGUGCCCGUAAAUCACUGUUGCAAUACUGUCCCAAAAUAUGAUCAAUGUUGGUUUUGGACUUUCC